CGAACAGCGAGGACUAUCUAAUCAAGAGCCGAUUAAGUUUGCAGAGAUGUUUCGACGUGUUGCCCAACCCUCCCUUAAGUUCCUUGUCCCAUGGACGCCUAUCUCCAGGGCCGGUAUUCACAAGGCUGCUAAGCUCCAGUCAGUGUCUCAGCAGACUGUCUCGUCUGUUUCCGAGGCAGAGGCUGGCCAUUUCUCCAAACAAAAGCCUUUCGAUCAUGUCCCUUGGAAGGAACCCUUAUCAACCACAGGUACAGUGCGCUUCUUCGGAAGAACUACCGAUAACAAGCCACACACGCUCAAUUUCAAGAAGGGUGAGGAGUUCCAGAGCAAUAUAGGAAAGGGCGAAGAACUUGAAGUCAAGAUCACCGACCUACGAACUUACGAGCCCCCAGCGUCGCUCUCGUUCGAGGGUGUGGAGUGGGUUCACCAUCCAACUAUUCUCACGGAAGAGACAUUACUGAGUCCCAACAAAGCUGAGAGUGAUGCCUUUGUUCGAUCACAAUAUUUUGACGAGUGUGCGGCAUUGGUGAAGGAGAAGAGUGGCGCGGCCAAAGCCAUUGCCUACAACUAUCGUCAUCGUCGCAUUGAAACUGACACAAAUCUCUUCGAUCCCCUCAACUUUUCAAACAAACCCCUAUCUACCAUGCACAUGGACAAUGAUGCCAAGACUGCCGAAGUGAACCUCCGGCGUGUCCUCGGCGACGAAGAGGCCGAGCGAUGGCUCUCUAAACACUGGGGCAUCAUCAAUGUUUGGCGCCCUGUCGGCGUGACUGUUCGUCAGUGGCCCUUGGCUUUGGUUGACUCGACCACUUUCAGCCGUGGAGAUGGUGCCACUACACCGAUAUACACCAAAAACAACUACAAGAGCCACUUCACAGGCCUAACGUUUAACCCCGAGUACAAAUUCUACUACGUCAGCAAUCUAACUACCGAUGAGGCUCUCUUGUUCGUUGAUUUUGACUCUCAACCCAAGGGUAACUUGAUCGGAAUGGCUCACGGGGCCUUUGAAGAUCAUAACGGGCCACACGACGCCCCCCUGCGGCGCUCUAUUGAGGUUCGGUGUCUGGUGCUCUAUGACUGAAAUCCUCAAUAAUUA